AAAUAUAUAUGCUUUCAUGAUGUUUGAUAUGAAAACAUGUUUUGAAAACUCUAAAGUUGCUUGCUACUCUAUGACCAGAAAAGGACAAAAAAGAUAUUGUAAUUAGGUAUCGAUUUCCUUCCCUUUUUAAGACAUUUAAAAUUAGGUAUAUCAACCCCAAUAGCUUGAGGGAAUAAAGCCGAGUUCUCUCUUAUUUUCUCUUCCAUUUCACAUGGUGUCAAAUCUUGGUUAAGGCCACCGAUAUUGGGAGAGAAUCCCCCCCCCCCCCCCCAAUUUUUCUUGGCUGUCUGAACAGAUCUCUAAUUUCAGAGGUGUCCACCGGCCAGCCCAUGCGCUCUCACUUGCUGUUCAGAGCCAUCUUUCAAUUUGUUUGCCGGCAAGAUUCUUUUUCCAGCAGGGUCACCCCUCAAUUCUGAGUAGAUCGACACUGGUUGCACUUGAUUCCGACCUUUUUCCGGUGCGUUGCGUGGUGAUUACGAUUUCAUUCCGUCUAGGUUUUCCAGAUUCUCGCAACUGUUUGCUUCCAGAUCUGGCGAUUGCAGAUUUUCGAGAUUUGGGUAACAUCUACAUUAUGUCGCUCGGUUCAGAUAUUUUUACUUCUUAACUCCUAAGAGAGAGUGAUUUUCUCAAGAGGUGUGCCCAAACUAAAAACGUCACUUGUUAUUAGGAAACCUUGGGAGUAAUAGUUUAGGUUUAUUGUUUAGUGGGAAUUGAGUUUUGAUUAUAUGAAGAAAUUUGGUAAGCUGGAAUUGUGUCUCUGUCUAAAGGGGGACAAGUAUGAUGGGCUUCGUAAAGCAUUGGAAAGAUGUGAAUCUGUGGAUGAAGAUUAUGCCAGGUUGUUAGGAGUAUUAUUUUUAGACCAGGGGGAUAACCCUAAUUGUACUUGUAAUGAUGUUGAAGAUGACCCGCAUUAUAUGAAUUUCUUGGCUAACACUAAGCUAGAUGGAACAUCAUAUGUUUCUAAAGUUAAUGAUCAGAAUGGGUUGCCAGUGUUCAUCAAGUAUGAGAAAGAUAGGGAGUUGUGUCUCUGUCUAAAGGGGGACAAGUAUGAUGGGCUUCGUAAAGCAUUGGAAAGAUGUGAAUCUGUGGAUGAAGAUUAUGCCAGGUUGUUAAGAGUAUUAUUUUUAGGGGAGGAGGCUAACCCUAAUUGUACUUGUAAUGAUGUUGAAGAUGACCCGUAUUAUAUGAAUUUCUUGGCUAACACUAAGCUAGAUGGAACAUCAUAUGUUUCUAAAGUUAAUGAUCAGAAUGGGUUGCCAGUGUUCAUCAAGUAUGAGAAAGAUAGGGAGUUGGAGAUUCAUGGAGUUGUAAAGGAUCAGGAUAACGUUAGGGAAAAAUACAAAUUGGGGGAGAGUUCAAAAGAUCUAAAGGCUAACGCGAGAGAGAAUAGGAGUGUCUUCAUUGUUGAGAAGCAGAAGAUGAAAGAUGGGAUUUUGAGUAAGAAGCGAGGAAACGAGGAUAGGGAGUUGGAGAUUCAUGGAGUUGAAAAUGGUCAGGACAAUGUUAGGGCAAAACACGAAUUGGGGAGGAGUUCAAAAGCUCUAAAGAGUAAUGCCAGAAAGAAUAGGAUGGAAGAUGGGAUUUUAAGUAAGAAGCGAGGAAAUGAGGAUAGGCAUUUUGAUGAUAGGAAGCACAGAAUUGAUGUGAAGAUUGUACCUGGUAAGGAGCAGAAGAUGCAAGAUAGGAUUUUGAGUAAGAAUCGAGGAAACAAGGAUAGAGAUUUAGAUAACAGGAAUCAAAGAAUUGAUGUGAAGACUAUCCCUGGUAAGGAGCAGAAUACUCAGAAUGGUAGCAAAUUCAUGGACGCGGGAGUAAAUAUAGAACCUAAAGAACAUUCUGAUUCUCUUGAGGAAGGCAGGGGCAGUAGCUCUUACCCAUUUGUACCUUCAGUUGAACAUCGCCAGAAUCUGGAUGCGACAACCAUAGAUUUUGCAUAUAGGAAGGAGGUUCUAAAUCUAUUGAUGAGGCCCUAUAAUGAAGAGGAGUAUAAGAAGCUUUGGAAAGACAUUAAGAUGCAAUUACCAUCUAGCUCAACAAAUGGAAGUGGAAAAUCCCUUCUAUCACGCCAUAAAGCUGUCAAUCGGGCAAUCAAAAGGACGAAUCACGACAAAGAUAAAAAGUUGAACAUCAUGCGUGGAUUUUUCUUUUGGUUAGAGCAUCUAACUCGGCAAGAUGCAUUCCAGCCUUGGGAGGAUGCAGAAUGUCUCCAGAUGAUGCCUGGAUCUUCCUAGAAGGUGUUCCCAUUCCCCAAUAUCAAUGUGUGCCAUAAAAACAAGCGAUGGAAGAAAACCAACGAUAACAGUUAUUAUGCCUUAGUCCCAAAUUAGUUGGGGUCGGCUAUAUGAAUCCUUAUUGACUAUAUUUCCUUAUUUAAGCUCAACUCAUGUCAUAUCAUUGUACUGUUAGAAGAAGAAACCCAAAGGUUAAUAUUUCAAUUACUGGUCGAUAACAA